AUGGAUGAGUUUGAACCAGAGGCACUGCUUGAUUUAAAAUACGGUGAAAAGAAAGUAGAACUUGGCAAUAAAUUCACUAUUGACGCUCCGGAUGUUAAUUUUGUGUUUAAUGGAUCUGAUUCCGAUAAUAAAUCUCGAUUUACAUUGAUGAUGGUUGAUCCUGAUGCACCGAGUCGUGAAAAUCCAACUCUUAGAGAAUGGCGUCAUUGGAUCGUUGGAAACAUUCCAUCUGAUGGAAAUUUGUCCGAAGCAACGCACCUUGAUGAUUAUUAUGCACCGAGUCCACCAUCGGGAACUGGUGAACAUCGGUAUGUUUUAUAA